AUGGACUUUAAAUUGGCGGACCUACUAACGCACAACCAUGCACCAGCCGCUGAAGUCGUCACAAGCGUCAAAAACCUCCUCGUGGGACCCAUGAAGCGGUUGGAAGAGAUUCAGGCAGAAAUAGAGCGCCACGAGCGCACGUUGGCUGCUCUCAGAGAAGAAGCCAACACUGUUACGAAAUCAAUGGAAGAUUAUAACACCAUCAUCUCGCCUGUGCGAAGGGUUCCGGAAGACGUUCUGCUCGCCAUUUUCCAUGAAUGCUUGCCAGCUCACCGGAAUCCAGUAAUGAGCUCAUCAGAGGCACCCAUGCUGCUAACCCAUGUGUGCAGCACCUGGCGGUCGCUGGUCCUUGAUUCUCCUACAUUAUGGGCACGAAUACAUAUCACAUUUUCGGACGAGGACCGCUUAGUUCAGCCAAACCAACUUCCUUCUACGGACAGGCAUGCUAGCGCGGACCUCGACACUGUGAAAGCAAUGCAAAGCCGCUGCAAUAGGGUUGAGGAGUGGCUCAGUCAUGCUCAGGCGUGCCCUCUGUCGAUUUCUAUCCAUUAUGAGAGUCGCACUUGGCACUCCCAAAUAGAUGAAACCGAGGACCUUACAUUAAGGUUAUUCAAGAUUGUUUGUCGACACGCUCGGCAAUGGAGCAGUAUCGAAGUUACUGGACUUCCGUAUCCAGUUUUUCUGAGGAUGGACAAACUAAUUGCACACGAUGAGUUACCUAUGCUGAGUCAGUUGAAGCUAGGUAUCAACCAUCUUCCCGGCGCGUCCGAUUACCAACAACAUGCACUGAACAUUUUGGAGGCCCCUAACCUUCGAAGCGUGUCUCUUUAUAUGCCCAAAUGGAAGUUAAGUGAGCCGCGGCUGUCAUCCACUUGGCCAACAAUCACAUAUCUUUGCCUUCAUAACCCAUCUCCUGUACGCGAGAUUUUCUCAGUGCUCCAAAUCUGCCAGAAUCUUGUACACUGCAAAUUCUACUUGGAGGAUUUCUCUGGGUCUGAAUCUGCGACUGGCAUAGCAGUGCUGAAUCAUCUUAGAUACCUUCAUAUCUUCGAGGAAGCUUCGCAUCAAAUGGCAACACACCUCUAUUCCGCCAUCUAUGCCCCUCAUAUCCAACGGCUUAUCUAUCAGAAACAUCUAUAUGACCCUGGAGAGCUUGAGGAUAAAUCGGUUCAAUCUCCAAUUCUUCUCCUCCUUCGGCAAGCGUCUGGGCUCAAGAAACUAACCUUGGAGCCAAAAGCUUUGUCUAAAGCUAACACUCUUAGAGCUCUUCAAGCCCUUCCCUCGCUAACCCAUCUUGUGAUUGGCUCGGAAACCCCCAUCUUUCCCCGUCCUUUUGCAAGUCGAAGUGCAAACUUUUCACGCGUCUAUCGUCGGUCACCUGCCAACGAAAGAUUCAACCUCAAAAUAUUAUCAAUCCCUAGUCCAAACCAACCAUUUCCCUCAUUAUCAUUUUCGUCUGUUGGCGACCCCAUUGAUCCUCCAGGGAUUCUUCUACCAAAACUCGAGGUCUUCGAAACAACCGAGUCAGAAGCCGCCCCAAUCAUAUCAGACGCAACCCUGAAAGAGUUCAUUACAAGCCGUCUAUACUCAUAUUCAAAGGGGGAAGUAGCGCCACUAAGACGCGUUCGGGCCACUUUUGACAGGGCUAGAACGGAAGAUAUUGGAGAGGACGUUCGCCGCCAUGCGAACGCUGUGGGUGUGGACCUUACGUUGGAGGUAGAUUACUUGCCACCGGCGACCUCGAAACCUCAAGUACCUCUUUCGCCCAACUAUCUGCUUCAGGAUUCGAGGGCCCCCACUUGGCCUCAUACGGAAUUCGAAGAAUACGUAUGCUGA